AAACUCAAGGCAAAACCAACAGGCCAACAGGCCAACAGGCGAGAGUUUAUAUUCACCGGUUGGCCAGUUUUCGUGCGUUUCCGGUUCGCGUUCCGUCCGUGCGUCCGUGCGUCCGUGCGUCCGUGCGUGCAAUAUUCAGUGUGAGUCCGGCAGUUGGCAAACAGUUGGCCAUGGCGGCCAGACAGCACCGCUGCAGGAGUAUGCUACGAUACCAGCUGCAGCCGCUGGCUCUAGCACUGGCGCUCUCUCUGGCUGUGGCCCUGCCCGGCGCGGCAGCCGGAAAUGAUGUUAUUUCCUUGACGAAAGUCGACUCUGUGCACGGUCUGGACAACGUGGAUGCAGCGCAGUCAACCCGCCAGUCGAGACCAGGCAAAAACUUUGACUAUGGCGCCUACGCGAAUGAUUUCAAUUUGCAAGAAGAGGCCUCCAUACCGGAGGACAUAUUUGACCAGCACGAUGGCGACAUUAAAGAUACCGACUCCCAGCUGCACUAUGCCCCAGCCGCCUCUGAAGCAACCGCUGUCGAUGAUGAUGAUAAUGUGGAUGUGGAUGUGGAUGAUGAUGAUGAUGCCACAGAUGCCGCAGAUGCUGGACAUGCUGAAGAUGCGAUCGGGUCUGCGUGGAGCGAUGCGGACGCUUCAGCCCCAUGGCAUGAGGAUGAGGAUGAGAAGGAGAAGGAGACUGAUGCAUCCGAGGCAGCGGAUAUAAUACUUGAAUCUCAAAGGCCCACAACGAGAAACUUCACUGUGCAGCUGGACACAAAGGAAACAUUCAAAAGGAAGAAAUUCUCGAGUCAGAAGCCUAAUACGAGCCAAGUCUUAUACAAAUUGGGAAACAAAAAGGACCGCCAGCAGCCGAAGAAAUUGGUCAAUGAAGGAGCAGUAAAGGAGGAGGAGGAAGCCAAAGCGACAGAGGCAAGCACGGACAAUGCAAAGCUCGAAAGGAAAAGAAUAAGGUAUACAAAAUUGAAGGAAAUGCACGAACAGCGAAAUCAACAGAAGGAACAACAGAAACCCAAGCAGCAGGAUCACGGUGCAGGCAGAACCAAGUGGCAAAUCGGUGAGAAGGGGGAGAAGAGAGAGCGAGAGGAACAGCUGGUUGAUUCCAUUGAAAUAUUAAAUGAACGAAAAUGUAAUAAACCAUCAGGAGAAUUAGCAAUGGAGGAGCAGCUGGAUCCAGAGCAAGACACUUUUCAGAUAGAGAAGAGAAACGAGAAAGAACCAGAGAUGGAGAGAGUCAAGGAUGAUGAUGAGAAAACAUUCGGCGAUAUUGAAGACAAUUUUGCUGAAGAUAAAGUAAUUGACAUUGACGAAUCAUCCAAAAAUCAAGAACCGCCACCAGAAGCCACAGCUGCCACAAAGUUAACAUCAACGGGAAGCGGAGAGGCCACAAUGCCACCGACUGUGGCCAUGAUUGGGCGCAAGGAGAAGCGUGGCUUUUUCCGCAUGUACAGGCCAGAUCUGAUGGCUAAAUAUUUUGAAAAGUUCGAUGAGCCUGACAAUACACCGGUUAAUGUUGAGGACGAAGACCUUGAUGCGCCCGUUGGGAAACUGCACUACUUCGAAAACGGCGGCCAGCCACAGGAGCAGCAGCAUCCCUCACAAAAGGAGUUGCCCACACGGACAGAAAAUGGAACGCAGCAGCAGCAGCAGCAGCAGCAGCCCGAAUCACGUUACACUGACGAUCAGAAUGCGGAGGAGCAGCAGCCAGAACAGGAGCCACAGGAGCCACAGGAGGACAGGCUCGUAAGUCUUGAGAUGAGGAGUAGCGAGACGGAAUCGGAAAAGGAAUCUGAAAUGGAAUCUGCAUUGCAGCCGUUUCAGGAGACGGUCACGGUGCCGGCCACAACCAUAACACCAAUCUCGGCGACACCUUCCUCUGCUUUUGAGUUGUUUAAGGCGUUGCGGCGCAGCCAUCAGAAGGCCGGACACAAGAGCCACAAGAAGCGCUAUAAGGAUUACCUGAAACGUCAUCAUCAGUCAUUAAGGCAGCCACUGGCACCACUGGCACCAUCACCACCACCACCGAGUCUCUCUCCCCGUCAUGCCCAGAAGUUGCUCGAGGAGCAAGAGAGGGAGCGGGAGCGGGAGCGAGCACAUUCUGCGCCCAUUUUCGCUUUGGGUAUACGUCCCCGGUCAUUGCUGUCCACUGAUAAACCCUUCUACGAGGGACGCGUAUAUUACUACGACCAUCCCCAGGGGGGCAUGGCCAUGAAGCAGGACCUGGAGGAGCAGCAGCAGACCACAGAGAUGGAGCGACUAAUAGCACACGACAAUGAUAACUGGUACCGUCGCAUAAGUCCCAUCCUACGCAACGGAGUCAAAAGUGGCCGUGGCGAGCAGCAUCCUCAUCAUCAGCAGAAGCACCAACACCAUCAGAGCCAUAAAGGACAUCAUCAGCACCAGUACAAGCAGCACCACAACCAGCAUCACAGCCAUCACCACCACCACCACACCAACCAUCACAAUCCGGACCAGAAAGUAGGUCAAUUGCUGCAGAGGUCGAACAAUCCGUACCAGCGCAGGGCCCACCAGACGCCAGCAGCCUCGAUGGCAGAUUCUCCGAGCAGUUCGGUGGCCACUCCACCGUUGCCACCGUUGCCACCGCCCACCCAGCAGCUGGGACAUCAGAUCACCGAGCUGGAACACCUUGAGCGCUACUACGCCAAGUGGCCGCAUCUAGCACGGGUGCAGUUCCAGCUGUACGACGAGCAACGCGAGCCUCAGCAGCAGCCUCUGCUGUAUGGCGACUAUGGGGACGAUUACGAGAGUGCAGCCGAGCUGGAAGAGGCACAGGAGGAGCAGGGCGAGGAGGCCAAUCUGCCGCCGUACAUCAAGAAGUACAAUCGGCGCAACAAGCAGCUGCUCAACCUGCUCGAGGGCACCCUGCCACCACCAGCAGCACCGCCAAUCCCAUCGAACCCAAUCAGUGGCUCCGUUUGGAGCGUAUCCGUGCCACCUGUCACGACAGCGGUGCGACUGGACGAUGAGUAUCUGAAGCAGAAGCGGCGACACUACCAUCAGCAGCAUCGUUUCAAGGAUUUGUUUGCCGAGCAGCGCGUCGAAACCACCACGAUGGCAGCCGCUCCACCAGUCGCAGGCGAAACAGCAGCCACAUUGGCAAAGGCUGCCGGCAAUCAGCUGCCUGACGAGGAUGGGUAUGUGGACAGCGAUGAAGAGCAGCAGAAGCCGCAACAGCAGACCUUCUGGCAGAGGGAAAUGGCCAACAAGGCAGUCGCCCCAGUCGAUCCACCUUCCUCCACACCGCCGUCUCCUGUGACUACGCCCAAGCCCGCCCUGUUCAAGUUGCCCUCCUAUCCAGCCAUAGCGGGCAGCUUUCUGGGAGCACCGCGAAGUCGCAGCCGAAGCGCACAGUUCGUGGCCAAUGUGGCGGGUCGUGGACAGAGCAGCAGUCGUCCCCGUUACGACACCUCGAACGGAGCCAAGGGCGCUGGUGAAUCGGGAGAAUCGAGCGUUGCAGCGUCGCCGCUCAAUUCCUUUGUGUAUCAUCGGGUCGUCGAUGCAAUCGGCGGCAACUCGGUGCUAUCCAACAGCCGCAAGCAGUCCCGUCUGCCAUUCGUAGCCAUCACGGAUCGAAGGCUCGAGACAAUGGUCAGCAAGCGGCUGCUAGCGGAGCGACACAAAGACUUUGAGCAGAAUCAUUUUCCGAUGCCCUAAGCCGCGCGAGCUCCAAGUCCGAGUGUCGAGGUGAGGCGGGAGAGCAAGAAUAAGUAAUGAGGGGCUGCAGAGUGGGCUGGACACGAGAUUGGAUAGCAGAUCGUUUCGGAAUCGCUUUUCUACGAUUGAAAUUUGAAGGAUUUUAACUAUUUCGAACCACCCAAAAUCCCAAGGCGUGAAAACACUUCUCUGCAAUGUUUCGUGCCAACUGAAAUUGUUGUCAAUGACUGAUUUUUAGAUCGGAUUUGGGCCGAAAUACAUAUUUCAGAUGGGACAGACACAUCACUGAGGGUUUUUUUGUGGGUCCAGGACCUCGCAUCCAGCCUUAUUCUCAGCCAUGGGUCGUAACAUAUACAUAUAUAUAGAGCUAUAACACAUUGUAGUCGCCGCUUUUGGAUGAUUAUUUUUGGGUUUUACGUACUAUGUUGAACAAAAUACUCACAUAUUCUUGUACAUGUGUCUGUAAGAGGCGAAAGGAGAGAAUCAAAAGGAUUUAGAGAUAAUUGUCGAAGGAGUUUUUUUGUGGAAACAUGAACCGUAAAUGUAAUGGAAAAGUAAAAGGAAAUUAAACUAUAAAAUGACAAAUUGGAAACAACAACAAAAUAUGCCACUAAAUUUAAGCAAACAAUUUUUUUUUUUUUUGUAUAAAAAUAUCACAAAGUUCUGUAGACACACACACACACACACACACACACACAUAGCAAGAGUUGCUAGAAAUCAAAAAGUGAUAUCCA